AUGCCUACCUACAAUAUCGUCGUCUUUGGUGGUGAUCAUUGCGGUCCAGAGGUAUCUCCAUUGCCAUCAGGUCCGCUUAACGUGCGCUAAUGAGGCGAAUCUAGGUCACCGAGGAGGCUCUCAAGGUACUUUGCGCUCGAUACCUGCGCCCAGACCGAUUCGAUUCUGAUCAUUGAAUAGGUCCUGGAUGUCAUCGACAAGAGCAGCGUGGAUGUCAAGUUCAACAUCAACCAACAGCUCCUUGGCGGCGUACGUCCUCCAGAUUUUGGCUAUGAGAAACCUUACUAAAAAGCCCGACAGGCCUCCAUCGAUGCAACAGGGGUUCCCCUCACAGACGAAGCCCUCCAAGCGGCAAAAGAAGCAGACGCCGUGAUUCUCGGCGCUAUAGGCGGUCCAAAAUGGGGAACCGCCAAAGUCCGCCCCGAGCAGGGAAUCCUCAGGCUGCGAAAAGAAAUGGGAACCUAUGGCAACCUACGGCCGUGUUUCUUUGCUUCUCCCAGCCUCGUCAAGAGCUCUCCUCUGAAGGAAGAGGUCUGCCAAGGCGUCAACUUCAACAUUGUGCGUGAGCUCACGGGAGGUAUCUACUUCGGUGAGAGGAAGGAAGAUGACGGUUCUGGCUUUGCGAUGGAUACGGAGCCGUACUCGAGAGAGGAGAUCGAGCGAGUCACGCGGUUGGCGGCUUACCUUGCCCUUGCAGAGGAUCCGCCUGCACCGGUCUGGUCCCUUGAUAAAGCUAACGUUAUGGCUACGAGUCGACUGUGGCGCAAGACGGUGACGGACGUGAUGGAGAAGGAGUUCCCGCAGCUGAAGCUGGGACAUCACCUUAUUGACUCCGCAGCUAUGUUGAUGGUCAAGAACCCCAGAGCCCUCAACGGAAUCAUCGUCACGAGCAAUUUGUUUGGAGACAUUAUCAGCGACGAGGCGUCUGUCAUUCCCGGUUCGCUUGGUCUUUUGCCAAGUGCUAGCUUGAAUUCUUCGCCAGACGGCAAGAGCAAGUGCAAUGGCAUCUACGAACCUAUUCACGGUACGUCAGCCUUUCUCAAGAAUACCACAUCAUCACAGCUGACUUUGCGAACAGGCUCUGCACCCGACAUCAGCGGCCAAGGCAUCGUCAACCCCGUAGCUAUGCUUCUAUCCUUGGGCAUGAUGUUCAAGUAUUCCUUGCAACAGCCCGAAAUCUCCAAGAAGAUCGACGAGGCGGUGCGCAACGUCAUCGAAGCAGGAGUGAAGACCAAGGAUAUCGGAGGAAGCUCCAAGACCAGCGAGGUUGGGGAUGCUGUUGCAAAAGAACUCGCCGCGCUAUUGAAGUAG